GCGAGACGUCAACAACUGCGUGUGGCUGGCCGAUCAGAUGUUCGGCGAUGGUGCAGGGGUGGCGAAAGUUUAAAAGUUAUCCCUGCUCGAACUCCCGAAUGGACGAAGAACGUAGGCAGCGCUAGCCAACUGCACCGACACCACAAUACCGGCGAGGCAGGCCCACAUGAUUGCGCGCCUGGGUAGAACACCAGAGCUAUGGAUAUCGGGGAGAAAUUUCGAAGGGUCAAACGACUCUGCGAUGGCUACCUGUCGCAUGCUCAUUACCACCCGAAACUCGUGCUUAAGAGAUCUAGAAAAAUGUUGUUGCUUGUUAUGAUGGCCCUUGCAUUGGUCCUGUACAUCGGGCCUUCCCUGUUUCGAUGGGUGAGGCGAAAGACACCCAUCAUGAUUGAUCCGAGCAUUGGAUGUGUGGCACUGAAUGUUGACCCAUUCCUGCGAGAUGUCGGGGAGUUUGAUGCCAGUUUAUAUCGCAGCUACGAGAGCUCUACUGACAAGCGACUUCUCUCAUUCGUCGGCAAUGGAAAAAUAGGCUUUUCCGUUGACGAUGACAACACCCUGUUCAUUUUCAACAACAGGACUUUGUCCCUUGCCUUGCCGUUUCAUCCUGGUGUUGAAAUCACGUACCCGCAAGCCUCCCACCAAGAAGGCAACGUGGUACACUUUGUAAAAGGCACUGUCUUUAGGUAUCAGUGUUUCAACAAGAGGAGAAAAACGAUCAGUGUCAGUCACACCUACUAUGCCCAUCGAACAAUACCGUCCUUACUUGUACAAACUGUCAAGAUUGUCAACCCUCUGUCGGAUCCAAUCACAUUUGGCAUCGAGCAGAAGGGUUCUACCACUGAGAACCUGCAGGCAAAGCCUCUUGGGAUCAAGGAUCGUUACGGCCAGGAAAACAUAAUCUGGCAUGGCAAGGUCUCGCCAGGUGUGAGCAAGGACACCGUCAUUGCCUUUGCACUUGUCACUCCGAAGUUGCCAAACACAGUUACAGUUGAACCAAAGAGUUCCACAGUGCUUAAGGUACAGACCCUGGUGGAUUACUCUCUGCCUGUAAAGUCAAAGGACUAUCCAUCUGCAGUCUCACAGCUUCAGUCUUUUCUUAGGGAGGAAAUGCAGAGAGUCGUAAGCAUCGAAAGCCAUAUUCUGCGCAACAUGCAUGUCGAUGCAUGGAGCCAGUUGUGGAGCACGGGCUUUGGCAUUAGCCAAUCCAAAGCAUACGGCGCACUCAACGGGGACGUCAUCAACGGCACCAUCUACUACAUACUAUCCCACCAGCGUGCCUUGGCCUCCGAGUGGAACACUGGCCCUGCGGAACACCGGGAGCUGCAAGCACUCCUUGCCUACCCGGAACACUGCUACGGUGGCCACCACACCCUGCAAGCCUCAACCCUAUGGGCUGACCUGACGAGCCUGUCUUCAGUUACAAACGCAGUAAACUUGUGGAUGCUGACACUGGAGAAUCAGGGAUGUUCGAAACUUAUUAAAACAGGUGCGGAAGGCGUGCUGCAAGCCGUGGUAUUGAGCCUAGGUGCCUUCCUGUUCAAGGACAGCCACCUAGAGCUCAACACACAGCCGAAAGACCUUCACCGAGAACUCUUCUUUCGCCGCAUCAGCUACGGCAACGCCACGCACCUCAAUGUGAGCGUCGUCCUGGGCGAUGACAACAAGGCCCUCCUGCAGGUUUGGCUCGACCGGAGCGACCGUGACUAUUACGCGUGUGACGGUGGAUGCCUUGACCCGCCAGUGAAGCUCGACUUCAAGGCAAAGCAAUUCCCGGUGAAAGUGACGGAGCCCGUGACGGCUGUUCUGUACAUUACCUCAGACCUGGAGCACAUGAAGGAGCUCAGUCAGACCAUACACGUCAAAGAGGUGGUGGAAGCGCCGGCGCACGAGCACCACGUCAUUGCAUUACAUCGGCACGGCCAUCAACUCGGCGGCCUGCCAGCUCUCUUCUGGGUGUCCAUCACUUUUCUAAUCGUCGUCUUUCACCUGUUCCUGGCCAAGCUCAUCUAUAACGAAUACUGCGGCUCUUCACAAGAGAAGACAAGGGGACGUUAUGUGGUGUGACGCAGUGUGCCGUUGAGAACACGUGGACCAGUGCUUCAAGCGUCAAGUGGGUGAGAGAGCCUCGCGAGUGAAAGACAGCUUUGACGGUGCAGAAGCCGUCACAUGUGGACGUGAUGAACGUCUGUGUGCCUAACGUCUCACUUGGCGUCAGUCUAGCCAAGUUGUAAAGUGCAUUCUCCUGCAAGCUUCACGAACCAGUGUUUUUUCAUCACCGACACUGUCACUUUACUGGUUGAACCAAAGUGGCCUGUUUUCACCUCCGGUGUUAAGUGUGUACAUAGUAUGUCUAGAUGCUUCGCGUACAGACGCAGCGAUGCAUCUUCUGGUGCCGUAUUCGAUGUCGGCUCCAGAGGUGUGUUUAUCGUUAUUAUGAUUAUUAUUAAUAUUUGCUUGUCCUGAUAUAGCUCUCUUUGAAAGAAUUGGGAGAUAAAAGUGCUAAUCUUUACUUUUGCUUGUGAUAACUGCUUGUCAUUUGACCCUGUAUUGUCGUGGCUGUUUGGUGUCAGGGCGAACGGAUUUUACGUGUUGCUUAAAUUCAAGCUUUUGGGGAAGAAGUCUCGUUGAGGUUAAAGAUAUUGUGAGCUCUGAUAAUCAGAUUUAAAAACUAUAUUCGAAGGUGCAGUAUUUGCACAAAACGGUUUGAAUGAAGGUGCUAAGCGUGGAAGUUUGGUUUGGUUAAUGCAAAUAAAUAACCUGUAUUUAGUGUCCUAAUAAGGUGCAAGAAAAUGUUUUUGGAGUUUUGCAUCUGGCAGUGCAAUGUAAUGUAUUGUGAAUUUAUUGUAUUUAUUGUCUUUAUGUGUGGUUCUGGUGAGCUUGACACCAAUCAUGUUAUGCAAAGUAGACCAUUCUUCUUUUUUUUAAUUUCUGGCUCGUACUAGUUUUGUUGUACAUGACCAGUUUUGAAUACAUGCUGUGUACAAAACGUAUGCUAAGUAGUGUAUAAAGGAUUUCACUUCCACUUUUGCAACUGCUCCCGACAACUUUGAUACUGUGGUGCAAUAAAGCAAAAGUGGCAUUACAUGAAUGUAAAUAAGGUCGGGGUUGUCCCGUGUGAGGGUUCAAUAAAUUGACUCAAGGUG